AUGGCUUCGACAGACGCAAUACUAGAGCCAGGUGAUGCGUUGUUUGGUCGAUUUCGCAUUCCCGCCGCUAGCGUAUUUUUUCGAUCCGAAAAAAAGUCUGUCGCCUUUGUCAAUCUACGACCCAUCGUACCAGGCCAUGUUUUGGUAAUUCCCGAACGGAUUGUCCCGAAACUUAGGGAUCUACCGGAAGAUGAAUACAUAGAUUUAUGGCUAACGACAAGAAAAGUACAAGAGGCGCUGACGGCACAUUACGGCUGUACCGCUUUCAACGUGGCCAUCCAGGACGGCCGGGAAGCUGGCCAAUCGGUACCUCACGUCCAUGUGCACAUUUUGCCCCGCGUAGAGGGUGACUUGGAAAGGAACGACGAGAUUUACGACUCAUUGCAAGAAUGGGCUCCGCGACAAGAACUGAAAAAGACAGUGCAGAGCCUUGAAGUGCCAGAAGAUGGGGAUCGCAGAGACCGGACUGCACAAGAAAUGGCCGACGAAGCAGCUCUGUAUCGGAACUCAUUUUAA